CUGGCCAUGGCUGGGCUGGGCUUCAUCGACCGGAUAGCCGCCUUUAUUGACAAUCACGCAGAUCUUGAUCUCAUCCUUCAAGAGUCAACAAAAUUCGUGGCUACAACUCCGCGUUUUGUAUAUUGACCUACUAGCACCACAGUCCUCUGUUUUCUCGAGCACAGUCAAGGCUCGACCUCUUGUCUCCGACCCUGGUGCGAUGGGAAGUUACAGGUGCUGACGAACCACCCGUCUCUCCCGGUCUGUGUCGCAUAUCAUGUCCUCGCUUGACGGCAUCGUGGAAUUCUUACAAGUCUCGUCCAUUGUCGAAUAAAGUGUCGGCUUCAAAGAGUCAUGUCGGCACAGAACUUUGGCGUCAUCGCAGCCGUCGUGCCCGAUACACAGUACGAUCCCAACCCGAACGUCCGACUUGUUAACGUAUGGAAGAAGAUGAACACUAUGCAAGAGGAACUAGCUGACAGUUUGGAAGCGGACAUAUGGUCUCCAAUUGAGAGCGUCAGGCCUUGUGAGGACAUUGUCGCAGAACAACCCCAAUAACUAUGGAACCAUCGAAGGUCUUCUCUACGUCCCCGAUCUUCCAGCCUCGGAUCCAUGCGACAAUGCCACUAGAGCCCUGAUACCUUCCAACGUCACGACUCGCGCUCAGAUACCUGGUCAAAAAUACCCGCUCAUUGCUUUGGCACCAUGGACGCAAAUAGCCUGCGUGGAAUCCUACCUAUCUGCGAUGGCUUCAGACAACGUCCGUGGAGGUAUUUUCUUUCAUCCGGGCAAUGAAAGCGAACAACCACCACCAGUCAGUGAUCCAUCAUGGAGCCUUGACGAUGGUGGUAAAUGGAAGGGCGAUAAUCCGUAUCCAGUCUACGCUAUUCCAGGCAUGCUUGGUGCAUUCCUGCUCGAUGAAUUGGCGCAGUAUUCUGGAAAUUUAUCGUCGUCCCCCUACGGCAAGGAAUUGGCAGAUUUAUAUGAUUCUCACGACGUCGUCAGGCUCGUCGCUAGGUUCGACGUGAACGUGGCAGGUGGAAUACCAUCAUUGUGGGUAUUCCUAAUUAUUGUUCUAGCUGUCCUUCUCACUGUAGUGCUGGUAACCUCAGUUAUCAUGCACUGGGUUCAGCGGAAGCAGAGACGACAACUUCAGCAGAGAGUGGCCAGAGGAGAAGUCGAUCUCGAAGCAUUAGGCAUAAAGAGACUCAAUGUCCCGCAAGACAUACUUGACAAGAUGCCACAAUGGAUUUAUAUUCGAUCUAACAACGACAGCAGUGGUCCUACAGAAUCGAAAGAGUCAGUCCCUUCCGCAGAAAAGAUCUCCACCGAUACCGCUGUCUCUAGGAAGGCAGUCCGAGAAGUGCCUUUCAGCCAGACAACGUGUCCAAUCUGUUUGGAUGACUUUGUGCAUGAUGAGACAACCGUGCGAGAGCUACCUUGCAACCAUAUUUAUCAUCCGGAAUGUAUCGAUCCGUUCCUGCGCGAAAAUAGUUCUUUAUGCCCCUUGUGCAAGAAGACAGUCCUUCCUGCAGGUUACUGUCCUGUUCAGGUGACCAAUAUAAUGGUCAGACGAGAACGUCUGCUACGCAGGACAAGGCAUCGCGAUGCCGAGGACAAUAUUGACGCCAACGGAUCGAGACUGCCUGGAGUUGCUGUGAUCAACCGCACAAUGCGGCAGCUAUCAAAUCCACUGACCGCUUCGCGACAUCAGCAUGGUAGCGCUGCAGGCGAGCACACAACAGGAGCCGAGAUGCAAUCUAUUCCACAGAGACGACAGACGCAGGUAGAUGACGAAAUGCCAGCAGAAGUCAGGGCCCAGGGGACAUCAGCCAGACGGGCGUGGCGUCGAGAGCGGCUCGCAAGGCAACAGGCUCGGGAAUAUGGCCAACAAGCAGAUCAGGCGCGAGUGGUCGAUGAAUCAAGACCGUUGUGGCGCCGAAUCGUUGGACGGGUCAUCCCUAGCCUGGAAUGAUACGACAUGUAUAUUUGGUUCGAUGCCUCUUUGGCAUCGGUUUUUAGUUGCAUAGCGUUGGAGUUUCUUUGGACUCUGGUAAUGGUUUGAUUAAUGACGGCACAUUUUUGAUGUAUGAUAUGUGGAUGGGAAAAGCGACAGUCGACCACGUUUAGGUAUCCGGUGUGCAAUAUUCUGCUUUACUGUCCAGCAAUACAUGUUAAAAGUCUGGAAACAUUGCUCGGUUCGCAUUCGCAUUACAGUAUUGGUUCGUUCGCCUUUAGUCGACCAGAGUCAAGUCCAAUUCAGAGAGUCGAUGUGAUUACACCUCAGC